AUGAACUCGGCGACAGUCACUGUUUCGCUCGAGCCGCAUCUCAAGCAAUCACUCAACCGUCUUCUUCCAAUCUUACCAAAAGAACUACACAUCUCUCUCCAAUCACAAUUAAACCAAAAAGAAAUCCACUAUGCCCUCCUCACUCAAAUAUCCCGCUGGGCGCGAUCUGACGCUGGCCAAUCGAAACUUCUCUCCGCACAGCUCUCACCACACGACUAUGACAACAUAGUUUCCCUAUUAGCAGGUACUCGUACAGCCCCUUCAUCAAAACCGCCACCCGACCCAGCGCCUGGCUCAGAGGAAUCCUCAUCCCCAGAAGUUCGUAUUCGAAGAGAACUGAACGACAGAAAGGCGCUCGUUGCGGUGCUCAAUGGGCUUCUUAGUAUCGGCUGUGCUGGAGGCGCUGCUUGGUGGGCUGCUGAUAAGUCUGGUUGGCGGGACGAAUGGAAAGUCCUUGUCGCUCUCAUGGUAGCAACCAUCGUCGGUGUUUCCGAAACGAUCCUCUUGGUUAUCUGGCAAUCUCGCCUGUCAGCUUCUCCUGAUCGCGUAUACAACGUCCGACAGCGAAUCCAGCAGCAGCAGCAGCAGCAGCCAAACGAAAAGUCCGACAACAGCGGCGAGCUGGUGGAGCCGUCCUCAUCACCAUCUUCAUCUUCAUCUUCGCCUCAGGAAGCUAUCAAUACUAUCACCAUACAGGACAAAGACUCCCAUCUGCGGCGGAGAGCCGUACGUUAUUAAGAUACAAAUGUGGGUAUUCAUCACGGAAACGCGGAAGAAGAUCGGAUGGAUAUGGAAUAUGGAAUGUGGGAUGAACGGAUGACGGUAAAACAAAAACUGCACCGCCAGAACUGCCCACAACGUAAACCACUGCCAUCUGUCAGAUCGACCCUGUCCUCCUACAAGCGCUCCAGCACAGCUACGAACUCUACCAAACCAAUGCUAUUUGUCUGUCCUGUCCUGUCCUGUACUGCAUCCGCUACCAUACGUCUUAUACCCUAUUUUUAACCACCCUCAUCAUCACCACACACUUUGGCAUAUUCACUUUUGCGGCGUCACUUCACUCGAUCAUUUUGCCUUUCUUCUGGAAAACAGUUCAAGGGCAAGGGUAAGGGCAUCUUGAUUCUUUUUGCAGUCUUUGCAGUUUGCAGUUGCACAGCAGAAGCAUGCUCGGAGGCGAAAGUACC